AUGUGGGCGCAUUGCAUCAUUGUGUGUGAAAGUGGUUGUAAGAUUUUGGUUAUGUCCGGGAGAGGAAAGGGCGCUGGUGGGAAAGCUCGUUCCAAAGCGCAGUCCUGGUCGUCCCGGGCUGGCCUGCAGUUCCCGGUAGGCCGUAUUCACAGGCUCCUGAGAAAGGGUAACUAUGCUGAGCGUGUGGGUACCGGAGCGCCGGUCUAUCUGGCUGCGGUACUUGAGUAUCUGACGGCUGAAAUCCUCGAGCUGGCCGGUAAUGCGGCCCGGGACAACAAGAAGACCCGCAUCAUCCCUCGGCACCUCCAGCUGGCCGUGCGCAACGACGAGGAGCUCAACAAGCUGUUGGGAGGAGUGACCAUCGCUCAGGGUGAGGUGCUGCCUAAUAUCCAGGCUGUGCUGCUGCCCAAGAAAACCGCCGCUGGGGGUGCCACUAAAAAGUGAAGAGACAGUUAUUUCGUCUGAUAACCCAAAGACUCUUUUAAGAGCCACCCACAACAUCAGUGAAAAGCAGCUAGACCAUCCCCUCUGUCGGAAUGUCUUUUUCUGCUUUAAUUAUUUGAUGUUCGUUUCAGUCCCUUUGCUAUUUGAUACUCUUAGUGUCACUGUGUGUAUGAUCUAACAUGAAAUCUUUACCAACAAGCUGCAGUCAGUCACGUUCACGGAACAGCUGAAACGCAUGGAGAGUGCGACGUUUAUCACGAAUUUAUAAUGAAUCGCAAUUGUAAUAGCGUUCGGAUUGCAUUAUUUGUUAUUGCUCUGUAACUGCCUGUGACUUUAAUCAUCGUCAUAUGAAUGCAUCUCAGUGCCUCGCUCACAACCAGUUUCAUAUUUCCUGUAACUGCAUUUGAGAAGAGCUAAAAUGACCCAAUCCAUCAAGUAGUAAGUACGAGAUAACAGUAUGGAGCUGGUGGAUCACAGUAGACCAGGCAGCAGAAAAGUUGACUUUUCGGGUCAGGACCCUUUUUCUGAAAAAGUCAACUUUCCUGCUUCUCUGCUGCCUGGCCUGUUGUGUUCCUCGAGCUCCAUAUUGUGUUAUCUCAACAUCCUGGUAAAUCUUUUCUGAAGCUCCUCCAGUGCAAUAAUAUCCUUCCCUAAUAGGGUGACCAGAACCUGAUAUAGUGCUUCAGUAAAAGUCUCAAUGUCCUGUAUUCAAAAGGAGUGAGUAAUGAAGCCAGGUGCCACGUGGUCUACAGCUGAUGCAAACUUCAAAGAACUAUAUACUUGACCCAUUAGUUCUCUCUGUUCUCCAACACUAUCCAAGGCCCUACGUGUAUCUGUACAAGACCUGCCGCUCUGUUUUUCAAAAAUGCAAUGCCUCAGUUCCUCCAUCUGCCCGUCCUCAAGCCAUUGACCCAAUUGAUCACGAUCUCGUUGUAGUCUUCGAUAACCGUCUUCACUGUCAACUGUCCACUAUGCCACUAAUUUUGGUGACAUCUUCAAAAUUACUACCCAUGCCUUCUCAAUUCUCAUCUAAAUCAUUUAUUUAAAAGAUAAACAAAAGUGGACCCAACACAAGAUGGAGUGGAACACUACUAGUAACAGGCAUCCGGUCCAAAAAGCAACUGCCAAGCCGUCUCCAUCUCCUGCCAUCAAGCCAGUUUUGUAUCCAAUUUCCAGCCUCACCCCAAGUCCCAUGUAAUCUUACCCUAUUAUUUCAUCUGCCAUGAAGAACAUUGUCAAAGACUUUGUGAAGGAGCUUCCCCCCUCUUCCCCCACCCCCAAACCCUGGCUAGAAACAAAUACUCAGGGCACAGACCGGAUUCAGGCAAGUGGAAGAUGUUUAUUCAAGAAGAAACCAGUUAAUGCAGGGAGAGGGCCAAAGGAUCUUCCACAAAUCUGUUCUCGAUGUGAGAAAGCAUUUUUCCCUUAAUCUACAGCUCAGAUCGGAAGAGAGAUUAAUGACACACUUUGAUUUUGCAAGGAAUUACAGCAUUUUUAUACACUACAUGUUACAAUAAUCAAAUGCAAAGUAGUCACUGUCCUUCACCUUAAUCCAAACACCUCACC